CAUGCAAAAUGGGUUUGCAGUUCGGCAAUUUACCAAUUCGGAUUCGUAGAGUUGUGUAUUAUGGUUUAUCACCCAUGGAGCAACGGGCUUGGGCAAAAUCAGUGACGCAUGGAAUACCUAAUUUGAUAAAUAGAGCAAUAUGUGCACUCCCGACAAUGCUUCCAGGUUUUAUAAUGUCAGCUGUGGUAUAUAAAUGGUCUAUUGCAGAAUAUGAACGAUGUAAUCGCAAGGAUCCCAAAUUAUACGAGAAUGACAAAUAAAUGCAAGAAUUAAUUAAGCUAUUUUUAAAGUCGA